AUGAAAAUUACUAUCACCUCACGCUCUGGGAAAUCCCAAAAAUCCCUAAUUACUCUCGACGUGCCUUCAGACGCCAAAGUUGACCAACUAAAGCGAGAAAUACACAAAAAACUGCCAAAAUAUUACCCGGAACGUCAACGACUGACGUUUGAUAAUAAGCUACUUGAAGACAAAACUUUGGCAGAAUAUGGUAUUCGAGAUGGAGAUACUGUGUUAUUUAAAGAUUUAGGAGUACAAAUUGGCUGGCGAACUGUAUUCCUUAUAGAGUACAUUGGCCCUCUUAUUCUGCACCCAAUAUUCUAUUACUUCUCUACCGGAAUUUACGGGAAAAGCUUUGAACAUAGUGAAAUGCAAACUGGCUUGAACCUCGCAUACUGGGUUUACGGUCCGUGGAAUGCUAGAGGUACUGUUGGUGCUGAACGAGAAAAAUGGUAUAUCUGGACUUGUGUUGGAGUUUGGACUUGGGCGCAACUUUCAAACUUAAGCGCGCACAUAACGCUUCGUAAUCUUCGUCCACCUGGCACACGUGUCCGAAAAAUUCCGUAUGGUUAUGGUUUCGAAUUGGUCUCGUGCCCGAAUUAUUUCUUUGAGCUUGUUGCUUGGGCUGCUAUUGUGGCAUUAACGAAAUCCGGUGCAGCAUUAUCCUUCCUUGUCAUUGCUGGUGGGAUAAUGUACCUCUGGGCUCCUAAUACUAAUAAUAAUCAGACUAAAGACAUUGAUUGUCGAAAUAUGAGUCACAAUGAUUUGAGAAAUGAAGUAGAAAUUUUUCAAAAAACGCGGAUCAUUAAACUUUUUAUUGUGUGCAAAGAAAUGAAUCCCGCUUCGCCUUUCUCGCGAACUACCACUGCUUUGUUAUACUGGAAAAGGCUCUCAAAGCCAAUUUACUUCCGAAAGCCGUUUAACCGUAUAGAUUAUCAUCGUUACGGGUACGGGUUAUAUAACUUUAAGCAUUUUCGAGUAGCGUAUACGACUGACGCCUCGUCUUUGGAUAUGUCUGAAUCCUCAACGAUGCCACCAGAGAUACUGGAGAAUACACCACCAACGCCAAAUGCAAUCGAGGCACCAGAGAUACUGGCGAAUACAUCACCAGCGCCAAAGUCAACGCCACCAAUAAAGACUAAAGCAAAAAAGAAAGGGGGGAAAGCAAAAGAUGCCAUCAUUGAAUCAACUGAAACAUCAGCAGUAGCAACUGAAUCCUUUACACCAACAGAAACAACAAAAACAUCAAAAGUAGCCACAGAGAUAACAGAAGCAACAACUACUAAAAAGCGAACAAAGAAAAUGUCAGAAGACAUCUCAGACACCACAAAAAGAAUCCUGAAGCUAAGACUACGUAAGCCAGAACUUCUGCCAAUCGAAAAGGUCCCCGAACUUUCCAAAGGCCUACUAAGUGACCUUUGGGUCGAACGAUACAAGUUAGCCACGAAACUCCGUGUCAGUCCACCACCAGAAUUACCAAAAAUAGAAUCAACCGACUCAGCAAUCGAGGGAUUCAAACCCAUCGGUGAUGAAUUACGUUCGGUGCAAAUAGGACUCGCCGCGUAUAAGCGUUUAAUCACCGACGUGUAUAUGGGAUUCACCGUGCACCAGCUGCAACUUUACCUAAAGAAACAUAAACAUUCUUCGACGGGUAAAAAAGCCAAAUUGGUAGAGUCGAUCAUUAGUGAUGUAUGGAAAGUUGAAGAUCCGUACCAGAAAAUUAUUGGUCAAGAAUCUGUGAGAUGCGAUGCAAAGGACUUAUAUUUCUUGAUAGGUCCAGAGGCCGAAACUUUACAAGAAAUCGAACAAAAAACUCCUGUAAAAAUUCGUAUCAACGUUUCCACAUUUUCUUACACGAUAACGGGGCCUCGAUCAGAACUUCCAAAAGCCAAGAAGAUUAUUGCCGAAUCGACGCAAUACACAUCACGCACAGUGGAAGUGCCUCCAGACAUAAAGGUAGACAACCGUGCCAUGUCAGAGAUUUUACCCUAUAUACAAGAUAUAUGUAAGAAUUCAGGGGCGUAUGUUGAGAUUGAUGAUGAAAAUAAGCUUAUAAUUUCUGGUCGAACGUCUACUAGCAUCGAGGAAACAGUCCGGUUAUUAAAUAUAGCUUGGGCUAAGCCUGAUCACAAUGAAAAUCGAAUAACAAUGUGUAGUAGUAUAUCUCAAGGCGCUCUAAACUAUUCUCUAUUUCCCGUACAUGACUGGCAAUCAAUGUCACUGUUUAUAAGACAUUUGAAUUGGUGGCGUGUUGGUAGAGUUUUCGAUCAAAUCACGGACAUCUCCCUAAUAGAAAAACCAACAAUCUCUGAUAAAUUAUCUUCCAUAAACAAGAGUCCAAACAUGAAACAUAUUAAGGUAGAUCUCGACGAUAUCGAGUUUUCGAAGUUCGGCGAGUUUCUGUGGACGUAUCUGGCGGCGAAUGAUAAUGAUCAGAUAACGAGUAUCUCCGAUGUGGAAGUAUAUUCGGUGUUUGGACAUAUUUUAUUCCAUGACAAUUCUACAAAUAAUCAGAAUUUGUUCAUCCCGCCGCUUAUUCCUCCGUUUCAGACUCUAUUCAGUCGUGAGGGAUAUACAGAUUGGAUGAAAGUAGCUGAACCUACCCAAUAUUUUUUGGCAAAUUAUCCGUAUCUUGGACUUGUGAGAGAACUUAAACCAAAUUCAACAACAAAAUUUGUUGAACUUGAAUACCAAAUAUCAAAUCAAGAGGAGGAGGAACGAAAUUCCGAAAUCAUUCCUACAAAUCCGAAAAUUGAACGCGUCAAGUUAAAAUUCGAGCUGGAAAAAGAGCAAAUGGUGUUGAAGUCGAUAGAAGGAUCCAGGCAAAAUUUAUUAGUGGAUAUGUUAAUGAUGGAUAGACCAUCAGAUUUCCGCAUGGUAGCGUCGCGAAAGAUAAAAUUAUCAGCUUCUGAUGUGCUUCCGGAUGGUUUUCUUGAAGAGUGUUCAUAUAACAGUUCCCAUUUGAAAAAUAUCCAAUGCCCACCUACAUUGACAUUUAAAUUGUCCGAGGAUGAUAUUAAAAGUCAGAAAAGAUCACCUUCAUAUAAGCUAAAUCGAGUUUUGGUGCACAAUAAUCGAAAUUUCGAGUAUAAAGGAUCAUUAUUGGUGGCUGGUAAUACGCGAGAACAAGAAACAGGGGUAAUAAGGAACGAACUGAGAUUGUAUCAGAUUCCCACAUCCACAAAUACAACCGCAUCAAAAACAACCGCCACUGGACGAAAUAAUAUUAUUUCGUCGCCGGCUUCAAAUCAUCUCCAUCAACGAAAGAAUAAUCAGGACAAAGAUUUAGAUAGUAGUUCAAUCGCAGAUUUUUCAUCAUUAUUUGACGAUGAUUCGCAUACCACCUCCGAAUCACCAGAUGGCAUCCGAGGGAUAGAUGACAGUGAUUCUUUGGAUGCUUGGUCACCGUUUAAUGACGAUGAAGACGAUGCAGACGUAGACGAUGAUAAUGUUAAUGUUGAUAAUCUCAUUUUCUUGAAAAGUGAACCACCACCAACAAAAGAAGCUUUCAAUGAUGAAUGGCAGACUUUUAUUUCGAAUUGUAUAGAAAUUUCUAAUAAAGAACAAUAUAGUUUUAUUAAUAAAAAGAAGCUUCAUUGA